AUUCGCCCACCCGCAACACUAGAAAACGCACCAACUGGCCACCGUACCACGCAUCCACCCAUAUCUCCCGCAUGAUAAGGUCGUCGGAGCUCGAUCAUCUACCUACGGCAGGCCGGCCGACGGAAGUCUUCGAAGCAGAAGCAGCAAGCUCGAUCCAUGGCCUCCUUCGGACCGACGGCUAUGCCAAACUCGGAGCGCGCGCAUCACCUCAACAAAGGGACGGUGAUCUUCAGCUACACCUGCGUCGGCCUGGUGGGCGUCGCGAUCAUCUUCGUCCUCGUCUUCUUCUGCUACCAUAUCCGCAACCGAGCACCGGUCGCCGCCGCCGCGGCGGAUACGGACGCGGCGGGAGGCCGUGGUCGCAGCGUGGACCUCACCAAGAUACCGGAGUUCGCGUACACCGGGUCUGCCAGGCACAGCGGCAGCGGCGACGGUGCGCAGUGCUCGGUGUGCCUCGGCACGGUGCAAGCAGGCGAGAUGGUGCGGUUGCUGCCCUUGUGCAAGCACCUGUACCACGUGGAGUGCAUCGACCUGUGGCUGGCGUCGCACGACACGUGCCCGCUUUGCCGCGCGGAGGUUGAGCCGCCGGAAGAGGACGAUCAGCCCGCGUUGACGACGGAGCUGCCGGUGUAGGCCUCCGCCGGCCGGUCACCCAAGUUGGUCUCCGGCAAGGUGCACGCAUGCUCACAUGUGUGCUAGACUGCUAGUUCUCUACUACUCCAUGUAGUUGUACAGCAUCAUAUCAUAUAUACCAUGUAGUUGUAGCUUGUCAACGUAUCUGUGCCAUGAAAUUUUGUUCUAGCUCUGCAAAUCACCACUCUUGUUUCUA